AUGACCACUGGAUUAUUGGUUGAGAAUGCAAUUGUCAGAGAUGCUCAAUUAUUGACACCAAGAGAGCUUCUCUACAGACCAUAUAUACUUCCGUUUAUUCCAUUGUAUGGUAUAUUCUUACACAUAUAUUUCAAUGAUUAUGAGCGGUUUAUCGGUGGAUCUGAAUGGACUUUUGUGUUUCUAUGUGCUUUGAUAACGUUAAAUUUGUUGAUUGCAUUGUUGCCGGAGUGGAACGUUGAUUUAGCUGCUAAGUUUCGGUAUCGUUAUUGUUCAACUCUAGAAGAAGCUUCGCAUAUAUUAUUAAGAACCACACCAAAUAACGGUUCAGAUGGUAUUGUAAAGAUAGAAAGAGAUAGAGAUGAAAGUGGACUACAGGUGUUCUUUCAAUUCCAGAAGAAGAGGUUUUUAUGGCACCCAGAAGACUCAGCAUUUUCUUCGCCUAAGUUCUUGAUUGAUAACGAGCCAAAACUAAAAGUUUUCCAAGAUGUUAAGGGCAAUUCUGGUGAUUUGAGCCAAUUAAAAAGGCUAUAUGGUCAGAAUACGUUUGAUAUUCCUGUUCCUACAUUUAUUGAUUUGUUCAAAGAGCACGCUGUUGCUCCAUUUUUCGUCUUUCAAGUGUUUUGCGUUGCUUUAUGGUUAUUUGACGAGAUGUUGUACUUAUCAAUUUUUAACUUGUUUAUGCUAAUUGUAUUGGAGGCAGCUGCUGUUUUCCAGCGGUUAGUUACAUUGAAGGAAUUUAGAACUAUGGGUGUUAAGCCUUUCUCUUUAAAUGUCUUCAGAGAUGGUAAAUGGACUAAUAUUAUUAGUAGCGAGUUGUUACCAAUGGAUGUGGUCUCCAUUACUAGGACUCCAGAAGACGGCGCAUUGCCAUGUGAUUUAAUUUUAAUCGACGGCACUUGUAUUGUUAAUGAAGCUAUGUUAUCAGGGGAAUCGACUCCAUUACUCAAGGAAUCAAUUAAGUUACGUCCUGCAACAGAUAAAUUAGAAGUCAAUGGGCUUGAUAAAAACGCUAUUUUGCACGGUGGUACUAAGGUGUUGCAAGUGACAACUCCAGAAAAUGGCACCAAUAAUAUUCCACUUCCUCCGGAUGAUGGUGCCAUUGGUGUUGUUACCAAGACAGGAUUUGAAACUUCACAGGGUUCAUUAGUGCGUGUUAUGAUUUAUUCUUCGGAGCGUAUUUCUGCGGGUAGCAAGGAAGCUUUUUACUUUAUCUUGUUGUUAUUGCUUUUUGCCAUCAUGGCCUCUUGGUAUGUGUGGGUAGAGGGUUCAAAGAUGGGUAGAAUCCAAUCUAAGUUAAUUUUGGACUGUAUUUUGAUUAUUACCUCGGUUGUUCCAUCUGAAUUACCAAUGGAACUAACGAUGGCGGUUAAUUCUUCAUUGACCGCAUUAUCUAAGUUUUACAUUUACUGUACGGAGCCUUUCAGAAUCCCAUUGGCAGGUAGAAUUGAUGUCUGUUGUUUUGAUAAGACUGGUACUUUGACCGCGGAAGAGUUAGUUUUUGAAGGUUUAGCUGGACUAUCUGAUGACAAAGAGGAUAUCCAUCAUUUAUUCUCAGGUUCUGAAACUCCAAUGGAGACUAGUUUAGUUAUUGGCGCGGGCCAUGCAUUGGUUCAAUUGGAUGAUGGUGAAGUUGUCGGUGAUCCGAUGGAAAAAGCUACCAUUUCUGCCACGGGUUGGACUGUAGGAAAGAAGGACUCAUUAACUCAUGAAAAAUACGGUAAUUUAUUAAUUUUGCGUCGUUUUCAAUUUUCUUCCGCUUUAAAACGGUCUUCCUCGAUCGCUAUGCGUAACAAGCAGUUGUUUGCCGCUGUUAAAGGUGCUCCAGAAACUAUUCGUGAACGCUUAGUUACAGUUCCAAGUAACUAUGAUGCUAUUUACAAGUCAUUUACUAGGUCUGGUUCUCGUGUUCUUGCACUGGCCUCCAAGAAAUUGCCUAAUUUGUCCAAAUCACAAAUUGAAAAAACUGAACGUGAUACUAUCGAAGUUGACUUGGAAUUCAGAGGAUUUUUGGUUUUCCACUGUCCUUUGAAGAGUGAUGCAAUUGAAACUGUGAAAAUGUUAAACGAAUCAUCUCAUCGUUGUAUUAUAAUUACUGGAGACAAUCCUUUAACAGCUGUCCACGUUGCGAAGGAAGUGGCUAUUGUUUACAGAGAGACUUUAAUUUUGGAUCAGCCUAUCGACGGAGCAGAUCAUGCGCUAGUUUUACGUAAUGUUGACGAAACUAUUGUUAUACCAUUUGAUUUAUCUUUCGAUAAGUUUGGACUUUCCGAAAUUUACAAUAAAUAUGACCUUGCGGUAACAGGAUAUGCAUUAAACAUGCUAUCGGAAUACCCACAUUUAAAGGAUUUAAUCCGUCAUACUUGGGUCUAUGCUAGGGUUUCACCUACACAAAAGGAGUUUAUUUUGAAUGAGUUAAAGGAAAUGGGUUAUCUAACAUUAAUGUGUGGUGAUGGUACCAAUGAUGUUGGAGCUUUGAAGCAAGCUCACGUUGGUGUUGCAUUAUUAAAUGGUACUGAAGAAGGUUUGAAAAAGUUACAAGAGCAAAGAAGAUUGGAUAACAUGAAAGGAAUGUACGAAAAACAAUGUGCUUUAAUGGAAAGGUGGGGCCAACAAUUACCUCCCGUUCCACAACCAAUUGCUCACUUGUACCCACCUGGCCCAUCUAACCCGCACUAUUUGACGGCUUUGGAGCAAAAAGGUGUGAAAAUCACCCCCGAAAUGCGUGCAUUGGCUAUAGAGACAGCGAAAAUGAAAACUAUUGCCCCCAAAAACAAGUCCGAUCAAUCACAACAAAGUGCUACUGACCUAGCCAGUGCUGUUUUGAGUAAUCUGGGGAAUGCUGAAGCAGAAGAUGCUCCUAGCUUGAAAUUGGGUGAUGCUUCUUGCGCAGCUCCAUUUACAUCUAAAUUAGCAAAUGUUGCCGCCGUUACAAAUAUUAUUAGGCAAGGUCGUUGCGCAUUGGUCAACACUAUUGAGAUGUAUAAGAUUUUGGCUUUGAACAGUUUAAUCAGUGCUUACUCUUUAUCAGUGCUAUAUUUGGCUGGUGUUAAACUAGGUGACGCACAGGCUACAGUUUCUACUAUUUUGAUUUCUGUUUGUUUCUUGAGUAUUUCUCGUGGCCAACCUUUGCAAAAGUUAUCAAAAGAGAGACCACAACAUGGUAUUUUCAACACUUACAUAAUGGGUUCGAUUUUUGGUCAGUUUGCCGUCCAUAUUGUAUCUUUGGUUUAUAUAACUUUGGAAAUUUACAAGAUUGAACCAAGGGAACCUAAAGUUGACUUAGAGAAAACUUUUGAACCAUCAUUAUUGAAUACUGGAAUUUUCUUAAUUCAACUGGCUCAACAAGUUUCAACCUUCGCUGUCAACUACCAAGGUGUACCUUUUAGAGAAGAUAUCAGAAAUAACAAGGGUAUGCUAUACGGUUUAUUGGGUGUUGCGGGAUUGGCAUUGACAGGUGCAACUGAAUUUUUCCCUGAAUUGAACGAGGCAAUGAAGUUCGUCCCUAUGGAUGACAUGUUUAAGAUUAAAUUGACUGCAACACUGCUGUUUGAUUACGCUGGCUCCUGGAUUGUGGAGACAGUAUUGAAGAGUUUAUUUAUGAAUUCGGAAGCCGCAGAUAUUGCCAAACGUGACUGA